AUGAACCCGAAUAACGCCGGGCAGGCUCUGCUCCCAAGCCAAGCACCCACCCUGUUCCGCCCGCUGUCCAUCCGCGCCGUCACCUUCAAGAACCGCAUCUUCGUCUCCCCCAUGUGCAUGUACUCGGCCGCCUCGGACCCGGCACAUCCUGACUGCGGCGCCCUCACAGACUUCCAUCUCGCCCAUCUGGGCCAUCUGGCCAUCAAGGGCGUGGGCCUGGUCAUCAUCGAGGCCACCGCCGUCCAGCCUUGCGGGAGAAUCUCCCCGAAUGAUGCUGGCUUGUGGAGUAGUAAGACUGCUAGUGCUGGUGCUGGGAAUCAACUCGAGCAGCUCCAAAAAACGGUCGCCUUCCUGCACAGCCAAGGCGCAAAAGUAGGCCUCCAGCUCGCGCAUGCAGGGCGCAAAGCAUCCACUCUCCCCCCCUGGAUCUCCGCUCAAGCCAGAGCACAAGGCACCCGUAUCGGCAAGGCGGAUCGCAGCGUGAACGGGUGGCCGGAGGACGUCGUGGGCCCCUCCGGAGGCGUCGAGCAGCGGUGGAGCGGCGAGGACGACGAGGCCUCCUUCUGGCCACCGCGCGAGCUGUCCAUCCCCGAGAUCGAGGAGAUUGUGCGCGCCUUUGCAGCCAGUGCGGCGCGCGCGGUGCAAGCCGGCGUCGACGUGCUCGAGAUCCACGCCGCCCACGGCUAUCUCCUCCAUCAGUUCCUCAGCCCGGUGACCAACCGGCGCCGCGAUGCCUACGGCGGCAGCUUCGACAACCGCAUUCGGUUGCUGCGCGAGAUCGUCGCCGCCGUCCGUGCCGCCAUCCCGACCACCAUGCCGCUCUUCCUGCGCAUCAGUGCCACCGAGUGGUUGGAAGACUCCGCCGUCGCCCGGGCCUGCGGUGGCUCGUGGGACCUCGCCGCCACCAGGCGUCUGCUCCCUCUCCUGCCCGACUGGGGGGUCGACUUUCUAGACGUCUCCUCCGGUGGGAACCAUCGCCACCAGCGCAUCACGCCGCAUCCAACCUACCAGGUCGACCUGGCGGCCCAGCUGCGCCGCGAGAUGCGUGCCCAGGGCAUCAUGACCCUGGUCGGAGCUGUCGGGCUCAUCACCCAAGCCCAUGCCGCGUCAGCGAUCCCGCAGCAGCCUGACGAAGAAGCACAGGCCGCCGAGAACAUGCUCAGUGGGUCGCAGCCGUGUGCCGAUGCGGUCCUCAUGGCCCGUCAGUUCCUGCGUGAGCCUGAGUGGGUGAUCAACGCUGCUAAAACGCUGGGCGUGGAGAUUUCCGUUCCGGUGCAAUUUGCGCGAGCUCUGACCUAG